CUAAUCGCCAUUACAGAUUGAUUUGCUCCCGCUAAUGGGUAUUGCGUGCUCUUCCCGAAAGAGCAUUCCCAACUCGCCGCGGCCGAAGUUUGCCUCUCUCUCCUCUCGCCCACAAAUUACCAUGUCCUUCUCCCGCACACUCGCACACCGCUCCCUCCGCGCCCUCACCGCUGCCCCCCUCCCCCUCCGGGCCACCGCUCUCCCCCUCCCCACAAGGGCAUUCACCACAGCCCAGCCCCGAAAGAUGGUCGUCUCCCAGACCCUCCACGAAGCUGCCGACCGCAAGUCCAUGCCCUCCGUCUCCGAGUGGGCCAAGAACCCCAUCGUCAGCUACGAGGAGCUCAAGCCCAUCACGGAGCAGCCUUCCGACAACAUUCUUGUGGUGGAUGUCCGUGAGCCGGAUGAGGUUGCCCUGGGAUCUAUCCCCUCGGCUGUAAACUUGCCCCUGUCCAAGCUCAAGGAUGCUUUGGACAGCAACUUCAACCCUGGAGACUUCCAGCGGGCGUUUGCCUUCCCCAAGCCUUCGCCCGACCAGAACAUCAUCUUCUUCUGCCGCUCUGGCAAGCGAUCUGCCAACGCUGCCGAGCUCGCCGGUGAGAAGGGUUACAAGUCUAUCCGAAACUAUGUCGGAAGCUGGUUGGACUGGUCCAAGAAGGAGAGCCAGAACAAGGACGAAGACUAAGGUCUUUUCUCCUUGCUGUAGCCAUUAGGAGAAGGCAUUGUGUGAAGGAGAAGGGUCAGAGGCAGGCGAGUGCUUGUGUGCUUGUACUGUACAAAGGGCAUGAACAUGUGCAUAUAGCUAAAAAUAAACACUCAUCAUCAUCAUUAAAAGGAAUGUAAAUCAUCAUGUCG